UAGGGUGCUGCGCUCUUUAGCAUUGCAUGGUGCUCGUGGGUGAAUUUGAAUGGCUACUAUGGUUGAUAUAUGUGGUGCAGAUCCAGAUCCUAUGCAACAAGAGCUGGCCAGACUGAGGAAUGGGUGCUGGGUGUCUGACUAUGGUAUUGGCACUUACUUCGACUUACUUGUUCAGGAAACAAAGCUGGUUGUUUAUGUCAGCGAGCUUGAGAGGACCAGGAUGACUGCAGCGAGCUUGAGGAGGACGAGGAUGACUGCAGUGAUGACUGUUUUGAGACAGAUAUUUCAGACGCGAGUGACGACGAGGACACAGAAGACGGAGGAGGAGGAGGAGACAAGCUGGUGGGGAUGGUAUGGCUCCAACUCCGAAACGAAGGAAGCUGGCAAGGCAGGAUGGAUUACGAAAAGCUAAGUCCACUGGGAAAUAUCCCGAGUUCAAGGGUGUAGUUGGUGCUGCAGAUAAAGUUGACCCCUGUAACACUGCGUUCAUAGACUUUGUGAAACUAUUGUGGCCAGAUAGCUUGUGUGAGCACAUAGCCGAGCAAACAAACCUGUAUGCCACACAGUGUGGAGCUAAAAGUUGGAAGGGUACUCAUAGAGACGAGAUCUGGGUAUUUAUUGGCAUAAUACUGGAGAUGGGUACUCAUAGGCUCCCCGAGUAUACUGACUACUGGUCCACAAAUCGGCUCUUAGGAGUACAGGCUGUUAAGGACACCAUGCCUUUCAAUAGAUUUAAAUCCUUGCGGCGCUAUCUCCAUUGUGACGACAAUACAUGCAUAGUUGAUAGCAAAAAGAUAACAAGCAAGAUACAUAGUUUUGGAAACGCUCAGUACAAACUACUUGGCCAAAUAUCAUCCUAGCCAAGAGCUUUCCGUAGAUGAAAUGAUGAUUAAGUACAAGGGUAGAAAAGGGGGUAAAAUUCAUAUGCCCAGAAAGCCUGUAAGGCUAGGUUUCAAGGUGUGGUGCUGCUCUUGUUCUUGUUGUGGGUAUCUAUGUACGUUUGAUGUGUAUAGUGGUAGGCUCACCGGUUCUUCCGGGAAAAAGGUGUCAGAGAAGGGACUUCUGAUGAGGGUAGUGAAGCAAUUAGUGAGCCUUUUCAUACAAUGAAUCAUGUGGUCUACAUGGACAACUUUUAUACAUCUGGUCCGUUGAUUGUAUACUUACGUAAGCAUGACGUAUUCGUAGUGGGUACAAUGAAAAAGUCAGCCGCUGGUUUCCCCUCAGAUCUAAAGGGUGUGGUACCUCAUAAAGGUGAAUAUGUACAGUGCAACAACCAAAGAGAGUAGAACUUUUGUUUUUUUACGUUUUUGUGUAUAUCCUCUAAACUAAAUGUGAUUGUAUCAAUUUGAGUGCAGGUACUGAAAGUUCAACUAUUGGCGCUUCCAGUGGACCACCACCUGUUACAUCAUAUGACAUCAUCAUUCCAAAAUGGCUGCUAGAAUAUGUGUACAUUGGAAAAUAUGUUAGGCAUGAAACUAUCUUAUAUGUUUGAGUUAAGAUCUGAAAUUUGUUGUGCAAGUACUUCAUUACCUUGCACAUCUUUUGAGCUCCAGCGGAAGUGCAGGCUGUUAGUAGGUUCUGAGAUACGAAUGCGAAGAAAUACGGACCAAUUACAUACCUUCAGAACACCACAUGAACUUGUGCACGAUGAUGUUGUUUCCAUUAUCGGCAUCAUCAGACUCUUCUGACAUAUCAUCAAUCGUCACACCUUUCCAAUGCACCAGUUCUUCAGGCUUUACAACCAGAGAACGACUUUCAAAUUUCUGCAAAUGUGAGUGCAUGUAAUUGCUGCACAAAAAAGUAUAUAAAAAGUCUUACCCUCUUCCGCCUAGCUCGAUACUUUCUUGAAACAGCCAAUUUCUUGUGUAUUUCUACCUAGCUUAUGUUUCGUAGCUUUAGACCCAAGUGGAUUGCAAACCUCUACAUCAUCGUAGUAGAUGAUUAGCUGGAGUGCUUCCGGAUUGUUCAUGAAAAGUGGGUGUGAUUUGUAGUAGGUCCCAUCGCAAUAAUCCCCUAGUAGGUGAUCAGAGCGUUCAUGUCCACGUUGUACCUAAAAGUUGUAAUACUAUUAUUGUACAAUUACAUUUCGUCAUAAUGCUUACCUCAUGCAAAAUAAAUUCGUCUGAAAGCAGGAGUUGCAAUGACGAAGAAUUGGAAUUAGAUAUAUAUAGUCAUGUUUGGAGUUUGUCUCUGCUGGCCCAACAUCCAGUUUGUGCUCAACAGGCUCCUGCAUUGGGUGUUAGUUAUUCAAUCUUAUAAUGCGCUAGUGAGGUAUCUCAAGAGAGAACGGUGCGUAGCUAUUGGUACAUUAUAGCUGCAAAAGUAAGAAAAAAUGCUGCAAUAAAUUUUAUAGACUUUGAACUUUGGCAUCCUUUUAGCAACAAUCAUAGUCGAUCAUUUCGAUCUAGUAGCCUCAUGUUUGGCAUCAACACCCGCUGUGCAUGUAACCUAUAACAUUAUUAUGGCCAUACAUGGUAUAUUAACUUACAAUGAAACCAAACUGUGAUUUGUAGUAUUGAUGUCGUAAGUACUCAGUGUUGAGUUCCAAGAAUGGUGUUGUUAGUCGUGGCUGUUGAAAUACAGCAACAAGUUCACUGUCGAAUUCAACACCCCGUUUGUGAAGUAAGCAACCUAGCUGACUCUGCAGAGACUGUGUCCUUUCUUCAUAAAACAUCGAAACAUCUUCAAUGAUUCCGUUUAGUGAGGUUUUUGACACCUUGUGCUUUACUGUUGUUUUCAAUAGCAAUAGGGCCGAUUGUCUUGUGCUAUCGCACACUGGAACUGUACUUGAGUUUUCUUCUUCGUCUGCAGCAGGCUCCAGGAAUUCAUGGUCGUCUUCUUGUUCAAUGUGUUCGUGAUCAGGAUUGGUGGUUGUGGGAUGGAGUUCGUCACUGUGUUUGCAAUACAGAUGUCUCCUGUAGCUUUGGAAGUUGUCAUAAUUAUGUUUUGGGGCAUUGAUUCAAUCCACAUGUUACAUGAAAACCUGCUUCCAAAGAAUGUACUUGUUUGAUGUGAGUCAAAACUCUAAGUAGUGUUGUAGCAGCAAACUGAUGACAGGAUGGGCAUAGCCAUUUUCUCUCAGACAUCUUGAACAAUAGUUUUUUAAAAAAAAGGCAGCUGUUAAUAGGUUGUAGAACAGCAUGUUUUUUGCAACUCAAUCGUCCAUGCAUACAUUUUAUUUCUGCCUCUGAUAGUGUGUACUGUAAUUCAUGUCAUGAACCCGCUUAGUAGUCUGUUUAAUUGUGUAUUCUAAGAUACUUUUGUUGUUAGUAGUAGUACAGAAGGAGCGUCUAACUGUACAUGGGUUUGGAAAUCACAUCUUGUGUGUCUUCCUAAACGCCGCAUUGCCUUAUAAGUACUGUGUGUAAGUACUGUGUGCAUAAAUUACAGACUGCGGUCAGCCUGUAAAUAUCAUUAAGAACAGAUUUUGUAUGUAGUGCAGCAGGAGGAGAGCUAGGUCGAGCCAGAAAGAGCCAAAACGAAAAGCUAGGCCUUAUGGAUGAUGGUAUACAUCAUGGGAUAGACUGUCAUUGUGGAUGGCUGAAAGGAACUAAGACGUGUUGGGCUUCAAAACAGUUCAUUUCUUUUUCUUUCAAUCUCUUAUGCACAGUCAUGUUUUACAUUCUCUGAUCCGUGUUGAUUCUGUAUAAGUAGAAAACUAUAAUUAUGAUUGUAACUAUCUUGUUGAUGUUAUGGAUUAGCAUGAAUAAUUAUACAUGUAUACAAAUA